AUGAUGUGGCUCAGCUCGACGCCUGCCGAUGCCCAGCAUGCUCAUCCGUCCGCCCGGCCGCCCGCCGCAACAGCUGCCCACCAGGCGCAGCCCGUCGGAGCCCAGCCUCGCAGCACGGCACACCCUCUGGAGAAGACGAAGACCAACGUCACGGACCGCCACUGGACCGACUGCGGUGGAUGCGUGCAGGACGGAAAGGAGUGCGUGCCACCCGAGGCGAACACGAAAAGGAGGUGCCAACAAUGCCGGGAGAAGAACCGAACGUGCAAUUGCUCGUUCUGGAUGGAGUCCGACGCCAUCCGUUUGUACGACCGGCUGCUGGACCUCGGCUUCACCCUCGAGCAGAUCGAUCGCCGGGUCUGCGGGGCGUCUCCGCCUGGUGGCACCCUGGACAAGUGCAAAACGUACGACUUUCGAGGCGACGACACUGACGCGGACGACGAUCUCGCUCCUCCUAGGGUGGGUCCUACAGCGAGCCGUUCGAGCCGACCGCUCGUCCAAGGGCCCGCAGCCGCGACCUGCAACCAGGUCGCCGGCGCUCUCACCGAUAAGCAGAAGAGCGGAAGCCUCGACAAGAUCAGCAACGCGUUCAUCAUGAAGUUGGUCCGGGCAGCCAACGCCGUGCAAACAAGUGGUUCUGAGAAUGGUACUGAAAACUAUCGCAAAUAG